CGCUCACGCUGUUCUCACCUCGUCUGCUGGAUCGCUGUGCGGUUGAGGAAGCACCCGUGGCGGUGUGGCUGUGCGGAAGGUCGGCCGCCAGUGAUAUGAAUUGAAUUCGUUUUUCCUUUAUACACAAAGUUGAGAGUGUGGGAACAAUACCAGACAAUCAUCUUAUUUAAUUCAAUAACUCUUUAAGUGAACCUUCUGGAUUAACUCGACCCACUUUCCACCCACGAAAUAAAAGUGCAUAACCAUGGCAAAUCACGCUGGAACUCUUUGGCAAUAAAUGAGACACUGAAGAAGAGGACUUGCCUUUGGAGGUUAAUUGAAACGAUACGUUAAUUAGCCGUAGAUUUAGAAGCACAAGAGACGACCUGACCAGAAUGAAGGGCGAAAUAUGGACACUGAUGUUUGUGGCGACGGUACAGCCCUUGCUUACGAUCGGACGGCAGACCGAAGACCUCUCCCCCCAGCACGAGAUCACGUGGGGGAGACCGAACUCAGAGACAGCCUACUUCGACGACGACACCGAUAUGAACGUGACGGCGGUCGUGGGCAAGCAGGCGAGGCUGCCCUGUCGUGUCAUCAACCUGGAUAAGAAGGAUGUGUCGUGGAUCAGGCAGCGAGAUUUGCAUAUUCUCACGGUCGGAAUUCUGACUUACACGAGUGACGAUCGAUUCAAGGUCUUCCACCCCGAAGACAGCGACGACUGGUACCUCGAAAUCAGCCCAGUCACCUUUCGAGACGCCGGCGUGUACGAGUGCCAAGUGUCUACGAGUCCCAAGAUCUUUCUCCCCGUCUCGCUCGCUGUGGAAGUCCAGCAAGCGCGAAUCAACGGGCCGAAGGAGGUGUUCAUCCAGAACGGGUCGACCAUCAAACUCAUGUGCGUUGUGAACACCCACUCGGAGAACGUCGGGCAAGUGACCUGGUUUCGCGACUCGGCGGAGCUCGACGAUUCCCGAGGUAGGGGCGGCGUCAGCCUGGAGAUUGAGAAGACGCCCGAAAGGACCACUUCCAAGCUCUUCCUGACGAGGGCGCUGAAGGGGGACUCGGGAAACUACACGUGUGCGCCGCAGUUCGCUCAGGCGGCCUCGGUCCUCGUGCACGUUGUCAAUGGCGAAGAGUCGGCAGCGGUUCAAACGGCCAAUUCCGUCACCCUGCGGUCAAACCCUCAGGGGAUGUGCUGGGCCUUGGUGGCGCUCUUUCUCUACCUUGGUUCGUGGUGACCCGCUGGUGAAGAGAGGAUAAUACGCGGGACUUUGUGCGUGCAACAGAGGCCACAGAGAGCAACUUCAACUUCAACUUCCAUGUGUAUAUAAUCGAGAGAAGUUCACGGUUUUCGAAACUGAACUGAAACUUAUCACCUUCCGAGAACUCUGCCUAGACCUCCGUUUCUUUUACGUGUUAAUCAGAAUCGUCCCGACUCAACAGCAUCUCCCAAGAGGAGCCAAUUCCUUGCGUUCCACUGCCGUCCAGCAUCAAUGAGCCUCUCUUGAAAUCUCGGCGAAGGGAGUGUUUGCUGCGCCUUCGCCCCGCCUCUUCCACUGUCAAUAAACGGAUGUAAAUAUACGCUGGCGAGUCAUUCCGUUCUCGUCAUGAGAUGAAUCUAUUCUUCUUAUUGGGGUUGCACAAAUAGGAGCUGCUCUUCAUUCAAGGGGAUUCGCUCGUGCAGAUUGUGUGCUGAAUCGUACGCGAGCUUCCGUGAUUGCUCAUUUGCAAAUUCGUUGAAUCGGCGUGGGUGCGUACGUGCGUGUGGUGCUGCGUUUGUGCUAAGGCCAUCCGCGGGCUUGUGCGCACCGCGCUAGAAUACAGACAAAUUGGUACGUGUUUGGGAAUCUGUGUGCAAGUAUGCGUACACACACACA